CAUACUUUUUAUGAUUUUCCUAUCACCGUGCUUAUGGUAAGACAAAAGGAUACUCUCUCUUAUUAUUGUUGUUGGUUUUUAUUACGAUUUAUCGUAAAUUUCUGAAGCAAUUUUUUCUAAUGUAAGAAAGGUGAUUUAAAAUAUACUGUUAUGCAUACUAAUAAAUAUUGUUCAUUAUUGCGUACAACUGUUAAACACGUUUGCAUUCAGCAAAACAUUUACAAGUGCGUAGCCAUCGUAGUGGCUGCAACAAGAAGAAUCGUACACUUUCUCUAUCGGACCUUUUGUUCACAAUGCAUCCUGUAUUGGUUUUCUCCUGUCUGUUAAAACACAGCAUCGAAAUAACGGAAGUAUAGCGAACGCUGCCCAGAACACUACUCGCCAAUUACGUGAAACAAUGUCUUCCGUUGUGAUGAGUGAUCAUUCGUGGCAUGUUCUUCAUUUCUCUUCAUUUGCACAAAAGCAUGAGCCGGUUCGAUGAUAGCACGCUACGCUAGUUGCUGGUGUAUGCGCAUUUCUCUCGUCUUAUCAGCGCAUAAAAAUGGGUUUCCAAUUAACAACUGCACAAUUGCGUAACUGCAGGCGUCCUCUACGAUCCAAGGCUUUGCGUGUAGGACGGGCUGGACGGUUGAAUGCAUCCCAGCAGUUAGUGGGCGCCCAACAGUUGUCUGAGAAAAUGCGUGAAGGAUGCAAUCUGUGCUCGAAGAGUAGCGCAAAAAGUGUGUGUCUGUGUGUGCUUUGCCUUUUUCGCAAAACGAUAGGUUUUAUUGAUUGUUGCAGUUUUGCGAUUUUAGUUCACCUCCGAUUGCUAACCAGUGCGGACCAGAUUCCACCAGCCCGUACCGAUCCAAAUCCGAGGGCGUGUGGUAUUUGACCAAAAGAGGCAAAAAAUACCGAAAAGCAUCUACUAGCAACUAGUUCUUUGGUGCCAACCCGUGGAGCCCAAAAUUGUGUGCCACGAUGGGGCGAUUUCCGCUGCUGACGGUGAUAGUGUUACUGUUGGGUGUGGUUAUGCUAGUGAACGGUUCGAGUGAAGCGGCUAAAGCCAAGAGUGAAAUUGGUAGUGUAACAUAUUUGGACGUUCUGAGAAGGAUAACGAACCUGCGGGGUGAAGAUAUACGAAAAAAUCUACGUUCACUACGACAACUUGCCAUACAGCAUGGACUGAUUAAGAGAAGUGACGUGUAUGAACCCACUGCCAGGGUCAGCAACGAAGAGCAGUCAUCGGAAGGGGAAGAAUCUUCGCUGGAAUCAGAACCGGGUCAGGACGAUACGGCCAUUGCUGAAGGUGAUUGUGAUGGUCGUAAGAAGGGUGGCGGAGGUGGCAGUAACAAUAACAUUGUAGUGGCUGGCGGUGGUGGCGGACACGACGAUGGUUCGUACUCGAUCAGCAUCGAGGAAGGGGGCCACAAGAAGGGCAAAAAGGGUAAGAAAGGCAAGAAGCAUCGCAAGCAUAAGCGCAAGGGUUGGAAAAAGCACAUGAAGAAAGCCGUCCCGAUCGGGAUGGGAAUACUCGCCCUGAAAGCCUUACUGCUGCACUUCAUUCUGAAAAAGCUUGUGAUGGCAACGGCACUGUCUUUGUUGCUGAGCAAAAAAUCACUGCUAGUGUCGUCGUUGAUUGCGUUGAAGCUGUUGCUGCAGCAGCCACAUAGCAAUGAUAAGAGCGAAAGCAGCAAGCUAGAGGUGGUCCACAUUCCGAUCCGCAAAGAGGCCGGUUUUCACAAAAAGCAUCAGCAGCAGCAAGUACCGUCGGGCAAGAUGAAGCUACCAUCAAUCGGUACAUCACCUCCGAGUACGACCAAGGCGCCGAGCUCAAGUCUUUCGCUGUUCGAUCCGUAUGUCGGUUCUACGCCACACCAGAUUCAGCACACGCACCAGCAGAUGGCUGACUUCGGUGGCAAAUACAUUCCGCUCGGCUAUGAAACUAAUCAUUUCCACUUCGAUGCUACUCCUUCGGGGCCCACUUUCGGUGACUCGGGCCUUAACUCGGUGCAGAACGUGGAACAGUUCUUCGACGAUGCAGACGAGCUGCAAUUUGAUCGGCAGGACAACGGUUGGGACGGUUGGAGCGGAUGGAACCGUGGUGAGCGGUAUGAGCAGUCCGGGCCAUCGGCACUAGCGAGCGGUGUUGUAGCAGGCGGUAGUGGUGGAGGAAGCAGCGACACAGGUUCUUAUAUCGGUUGGGGUGGAACAGAAUACGGAGUGGCAGCGCCGGAGCAGCAGCAGCCGACGAGCAGUGGUUACGGUUCGCUUAAUCGCAGUCAGUACGGCGAAGUGUUUGACGGUUACCGACACACAGUGCAGGCCAAUAACCCGCCUCGGCUGCACCAGCUAAUCGGUAGGAGAAAGCGAAAGUUCUAACGUAGGCGACGAACCCAUCCCCACAACAAUAGGAGAGGCAGUGUAAGAGGACGAAUGAUGAAAACAAACAAGCAAAUACCGGCAGGUUCAUGUCGAGAUAGGGGAAUGCAGAUUAUGCCACGUUGAAGCGAAACGAUGAAGCUGAAAUUGAUGCAGCAUUUAUGUGACAUAGCUUCAAAACAUUGGGAAGAACACAGACGAAUGGAACCAUGAAGUACAUGCAAACUAAGAAAGUGAAGAGAAACAUCGUUUUUGAUCAAAAUUUCACGUUAAAGAGGUAGUAGAAAAACAAGAUUAUUUUUUUUGUUACGAAAAACAAAUUAGAGUAGUUGCUUGAAGAUUUACUAAUUGAAGUUAGGAAGUUCUAUAUGAAAAGAAAUUUUGCUGUGCGGUUCUUUUCCCUUCAAGGAGAACGAAGAUAUUCGCAAAUGGACAAUAUUGAAUGUUAGCAAAAGAAGUCAAGCUAUACGAAUGAUUUGAUCACGUAAGGAACGCUUAGAAAACAAAGAGCAAGAUCAGAAAAGCUUAUAGAUCACGCUGGAGCAUCCUUUGCUAGGAACUACAAGCGUAACCAUAGUAUCCCACCGUAAUUUAUAAUUAUUUAUUAUAUUCGUAAGCUUUGCAGAAUGGUGCAGGUCGUGUUCGCCGGGACCGGGCAGAGGGAAAGGGCUUGUGCAAUUAAAUAGGAAGGUUUUUUGGAACGAGAAUUCGACUGUUAUGAUCAAUAGCCACGAAAGUGGUAACUAAAUAAAACUGCUUACAGUUGCUCCUGCAUGGAGCAACACACCGUU